CUUACAUCUCCCUUACAAUUUGAAUAGAAAACCUGCGCAUCUCAAAAAUUUCCCGCUCGCCUUCAUCACUUUCACUUGUAUAAAAAAUGAGCAUCACUCGAUCAACACCCAAAAACCUGAACCUCAUUAAAUCCUCCCUUCACCUCCGUUACAUAUCCACCGAAUGCACCCUACAAACCCCGCCGCAACAACAAACCAACGACUCAAUAAUAAACCAAGCCGUCCAGCUUCUUCAAAUCCCACACAAUGAAUGGAACCUCACCCACCUCAACCAACUCAUAUUCUCCGACUCCUCUCCUUCUCCUCGUCUCCUCUUCCAAAUCACCCGCCGCUUACCCUCCUCCUCACAAGCCCUCGAAUUCCUCCGUUAUCUCCAACACAAUUCCCCACCGUCAUUAUCAAAUACCCAGCAUUUUUCCUCCGCUUUUCAGGCCAUCUUCGAGCUCGCUAGUCGCGAACGAGAUGGCCCGGGAAAGAAUCUUCACGACCUUUAUAAGUUGUCAAAGGAGUGGAAUAUUCCACUUACGAUCAAUUCUGCCACGCUUCUACUUCGCUGCUUUGGAAGAGCUGGGUUGGUGGAAGAAUCGGUUGUUCUGUUUGAUGAACUUGGGCAUAAGAAUACCCAUGUUUGUAAUGUUAUGAUUGGUGGGCUGUUGAAAGGUGGCCGGUUUGAUUAUGCAGUUAAGGUGCUCGACGAAAUGCUUCAACCAGAGGCGGAGUCGGAUUCUCGCCCUGAUGAUGUUACUGGUGAUAUUGUGUUUUCUUGGUUGAUUAGAAAUGAGAAUUUAGGGAGGGUUGUGAGUGCGGAAGAGAGUGUGGAAGUGGUGUUGAAAUUGGGUGGAUUCGGUACUUUUCCGAAUGCGUUUUGGCUUACUCAGAUGAUUGGAAAACUAUGUCGAAAUGGGAAGACGAAUGUAGCUUAUGAUCUUUUGAUUGAAUUGAUGACGCUAGGGGCGGCUGUAGAAGCGAUUCCUUGUAAUGCACUAUUGACAGGAUUGGGUAGAUGUAGUGAUUUUGAUAAAAUGAAUAAGGUUAUGGCAAAAAUGAAGGAAAUGGAAAUUAAACCAAAUGUUGUUACUUUUGGAAUUCUUAUUAAUCACCUUUGCAAGUUUAGGAGAGUUGAUGAGGCUUUAGAUGUGUUUCGGAGUAUGAGUGAAGGUAAAGAGAGUGAUGGGUUUUUAAUUGAACCGGAUGCAGUUAUAUUCAACACUCUGAUUGAUGGACAUUGUAAAGUGGGGAGGCAAGAAGAAGGUUUGGAUUUGAUGCAAAAGAUGAAAUUGCAAGGGUGUGCUCCUACUACUGUUACCUAUAAUUGCUUGAUUGACGGAUAUUGUAAAGCUGGCGAGAUAGAGAGAGGAUUGGAGUUGUUUGAUGAGAUGCAUAGAGAAGGAGUUGUCCCUAAUGCAAUCACCGUUAAUACUUUGGUUGAUGGUAUGUGCAAACACGGGAGAACAAACAGUGCGGUUCAAUUUUUGGAGGAGAUGCAAAGUAAAGGCUUGAAAGGCAACGCUUUUGCUUUUUCAUCGCUGAUUAAUGCUUUUUGUAAUGUGAACAAUAUCGGGAAGGCAAUGCAAAUAUUUGAUCAAAUGUUGAUUGAUGGAUAUACUCCAGAUGCAAUGGUUUACUAUAACUUGAUUUAUGGCUUAACCCAGGCUAGACGGAUGGACGACGCCGUUUCUAUCCUAUCAAAGAUGAAAGAAGCAGGGUUCUGUCCUGAUGUUGUGUGCUAUAAUGGUUUGAUUGCUGGAUUUUGCAACAAGAACGAUUUGGACAAAGCACAUGAGAUGCUCAAUGAUAUGGAGGAAGCUGGAGUGAAACCUGACAGCAUCACAUACAACUCUUUAAUUUCUUACUUUGGCAAGAUUGGAGAUUUCAAAGUUGCUCAUAAGAUGAUGAGAAAGAUGACGCAGGAAGGUCUACAACCUACGGUUGCUACAUACGGAUCUCUUAUACAUUCAUAUUGCUUAAGUGGGAAUAUCGAUAAAGCAAUGAAAAUAUUUGAAGACAUGAACGAGGAUGCUUCAAGGAUAGCACCCAAUACCGUGAUAUACAAUAUCCUGAUAGACUCCUUGUGUAAGAAUAAUAAUGUAGAGUAUGCUCUUUCGUUGAUGGAUGAUAUGAGAGUUAAGUGGGUGAAACCCAACACACUAACAUAUAAUGCCAUUUUCAAAGGCCUUAGGGAGAGAAAAUGGCUGAAGCGGGCCUUUGAACUGAUGGAUAGGAUGACAGCGGAGUGUUGUGAUCCCGAUUACAUUACCAUGGAGAUACUGACAGAAUGGCUGUCUGAUGCUGGUGAAACAGAGAAGCUACGGAGCUUUGCUCGAGGAUAUGAGUUUUCAGCUUCUACAGCAGAGACUGGCUUCAGCAAGGGAGAUCAUGAAAUUUGAAAUUAUUAUCGCAGAAUCAUAAAUUGGUUCAUUGUGAUUGGUUUUUGCAGAUGUUAACUAUGAGACAUGGGCUGAGUUUGCAUCCAAUGUGCUUACCAGGAGUUCUACAGCCUAUGCAACUGUCCCUGGCAGGAAUAAGCUUCAACGAACAAGGUGGAUUGCUAUAUACUAAUGCAGGAGCAGGCUCAUUAUGAACCCUUCAAUCUAUGGACUUCUUCAAAGGUAAAAUUUGGUACAAUUUGAAUAAAUUCACUCGUGUUUUAUCAGGAUUAAUAUAUGUUCUGGGAAAACCCUGUUAAUUAUGUUCUUAGAUGUUCCUAUAGUGUCGAUGGACGCUGUUUUUACUAUUUGAGAUGUGUAUAUUCAGAAAGAAGAAAAUGAAAAAGAAGGGCUGCAAUUUGAGAUGCUCUCUAAUAACCUUUUUCAUUUAUCUUUAAUUUCCAAUCGAACCGAAUAAACAUAAUUGUAAAGCUAGAUUUGUAUACUGAAAAGUCUCCAGGAAGCCAUUGUUGUUCUUCUUCA